CUGGCAUUUUGACGGUUCAAAUACGCGCCUGUUCAGGAGUAAGCGUCGUACGCUAUUGACGGACGCUCUUCCUGUCACAACGCCCCUGCAACUUCAACAAGAACUGCCCCAAUUGGUAUCGUAAUGACGCCACAUUGCAAAUUCGGACUAUACAAACCUACCGGCAGACCUGCAGCGCACGCGCAGCCGUCGCGCGUUUCCGGUUGCACCUACCGCUCACCUGCCACCCGUCAUAUUUAUAAGCCUAACAGCGCGGAUAGUUACCUUACGUUUACCACAUCUAAUCACGACCAUUUUGAGGGCUUAAAUCGGGAACUGGCGGCCACUAAUAGCCCGCUUGACGCGGGCGACUUGCCGCUUCGCGGCGGCUCACCUCUCAAUGGAGUCCUGAACUCUGACGAUGACGUGCUGGAGGCUAGGGUGCCAGCAGCAGCUGUGCCGGCACCCACGAUUAAAGUGACUGGCGAGCUGCGGCGCAAGGCAUGGGCACUGAGCUCCGUGCUCAAGGUCUUUGUCAGCCGAGUGGACCCCAACUACGCCCAGCCCUGGCAGAUGUGUCCCCAGCGCACCAGCACCGGCAGCGCAUUCGUGCUGGACACCGACAAACGCACCAUCCUAACCAACUCGCAUGUGGUCUCCAAUGCCACGGCUAUCUACGUGCGGCGUCCGGGUCUCGCUAAGAAGUUCAAAGCCGAGCUGGUGUGCGAAGGCAAGGUGUGUGACCUAGCGCUGCUGACGGUGCGCGACGACGCUUUCUGGGCCGCGGAGCUGCGUGGACUCGACUUUGUGGACGUGCCUGAGCUGCAGAGCCCCAUUGCUGUUGCGGGCUACCCUGUUGGAGGUGACAACAUCAGCGUUACAAAGGGUAUCGUGUCUCGCAUCGCACUGGUUCGGUACUCGGCGACCGCUCGGCUGCUGUCCAUCCAGAUCGACGCGGCCAUCAACCCAGGCAACAGCGGGGGACCCGCGUUCGUGGACCUGGAGGGAGGCAAGGUGGCAGGUGUUGCCUUCAGCAAGAACGUGAGCACCUCCACCGACAACAUCGGCUACAUCAUUCCGCACCGCGUCGUCAAGCACUUCCUCGCGGAGGCCGAGACGCACGGGUGCUAUCGCGGGGUGCCCUCCCCGGGCUUCCUCACGCAGGACCUGGAGAACCCGGCGCAGCGGGCGUACCUGCGGAUGCCCGACGGCGCCUCCGGCGUCAUGGUGGUGAAGACCGACCCGCUCAGCGGUGCGCACGGCACCCUGCUGCGGAACGAUGUGGUGCUCGAGGUGGACGGAGUGGCGGUGGCGGACGAUGGCACGGUUGAGUUCCGAGAGGACGAGCGGCUGGAGUUCGCGCACAUCAUCCGCGCCAAACACAUCGGAGAGGACGUCCACUUUAAGCUGCUGCGGGACGGACAGGAGGUGUGUGUCAGCUACCCGCUGCGCGCCAAGGACCACCUGGUUCCCGUACUCGACGCAGUGGACGCAGUACCGUCGUACUUCAUCGUGGGGGGCCUGGUGUUCGCGCCGCUGUCCAGCCCCUUCCUGGAGAUGGUGUUUGGGGGCGGGGGCGGCAGGCGCAGCCGUCGGGCUGACGUGCCGGUUCCGGUGCUGGCGGCGCUGAACCAGAACAAGAUCCGCAAGGGGCAGCAGGUGGUGCUGCUGGUGCAGGUGCUGGCGCACGAGAUCAACCACGGCUACCGAUACAGCGUCACCCCCUGCGAGAGCUUCAACGGCCGCCGCCUGCACUCGCUGCGCCACCUGGCACACUUGGUAGACACGUGCGAUCAGCCCUUCCUCAACUUUGGACUGGAGGGCGGGAGGUUGAUUACGCUGCAAACGGCGGAGGUGCGGGCAGCUGGGCCGCAGAUUCUGUCCACCAACGCGAUUUCGUCUGACCGCUCCCCGGACAUGCGGCUGCCCCAGCCGGAGGAUGAGGACUGGGAGGCCGCGGGGCGCUGGAGCGACGAAGAGGACCCGCUACUGGGAAACGGCGGGGGCAUUGGAGGCGACAGCGACCAAGAUGGGUAGAGGAAGGAGGACAUGGGUUGCGUUGCGAAUUGGGUGGCGAGGGAAUUCGUGGACGUUGCUAUAGAACGGGCGGAUUGAUGUUUGCGAGGCGAGGAAGCGGAAGGUGGAUGGAAGAUUGGAAGGAUUGCUGUUUUGAGCAAUGGGGGCUUCAGGUCUGGAGGAAUGAUGGGUGGUGACAGUGGCUAUGGCUAUGGACGGAUGGUAUGAGAAUCGGACCUUUGGUGUUUUUAUGAACGUGUUUUGAGGUUGCCUCGGUUAGGCCCGAAGACUUACGUGGAAAGUGUUUUUUCCGAUGGCAAGUACGUGACACAUUGGGAAGCGUGUGCAUGCUGUGCAUCACGCCUUCCAAACUGCGAACUGGUUCCACUCGUCGACUCCUUUAUCCGCAUAUGUGCAUGUGCAUAUUGCAUCUGCACGGCUGUACGGUUGUGUCGUAGACGCAACAGCAGAGGUUUCGGGCGCCUAGAGUCGAAACCCCGUGUUCUGUUUCCGAAGGUGGGAGCUCCUGCUGCUGCUGAAAACAAAGCUGUUUGGUGUCCCGUGUCUGUUGGUUGGUUCUCUUGGUUUGGUCAGUUUGUUGGCUGGAUGACGACGUUAUAUGGUGGCUGUGCUAACUCGAAGAUGAACCCGGACAACAGCUUCGCCCGCCUUGUUAUGUCUUAAACGCUCACGUGUGGUGGUGCGUGUGUUGUGGUAUCGGUACGGCAAGGACCCGUGGCGUGUAUGUGUGGAGCCGGUGGUGUCCAGGAGACGUUUUCGACCUGCCUGCUGCGGGUAAGGAUGAGUCCGUUCCACGUCCCAAAUCCUGCAUCACUUUUUGGGCGGAGCCCUUGCCGUGAUGCGGCAUUAAAGGGGGUUGGGGCACCGUUUCAUUCGAGGCACCGUUGGCUGGUCAGGCCAUGUGGGCUCUCCCUUCACACGUCUCCUCCUUGAUUCCUACAUCAUUCACCAUAACCGGCAUCAUGCACUCGUCGCCUGCGGACGCACGUUCUCCGGGGUGUGCUGGCGUAUGGCGAGCUCGGGUCCGCACUCAACGUUUCUGGUGUCACAGUGUCCGACCAGCUGGAUGCCUUGCUUGCGCGGGUGCCGCGUAGCUGGGCUCUUGCGGCACAGGAGGUCCUUACGGGAGCUGUGGCAGUUCCUACGGCCCAGGAAGCCUGGGCAGCCAUCUUGCGCGGCCUUGUGUGGCAGAGCGCCAGUGGCCUUCGUGUGCCCGCCCUCCGCCUCACAGUCCGGCUCGGCACGCAGCUCCAACUCUCCCCCGCGUUUCAAGACCUGGCCAGCAAACAUACUGCGUACAUCUGCGAGGCGUACGGUGUGGAGGCUGUGCCGCAUGACGCGUUGUCUUGCCUGCGGAGCACCUUCCGGCGCCUCUGGCGGCUGCGCUGGGAGAGCUGCCACAAGGAGGCUUUGUGGCGGCUUGCCCUCAACGGGAUAGCGGGGUUUCCACUGGCAGCCUCACACGUCGCACGUGCGGCCGCUGAGGGUCGCGAGUUGGCACGGUUCUGUCCAUGCGGUGUUGCCAUGUCGGGCGGUGGGCAGUGUUGGGUGCGCCGGCAUUUGUUCUGGGACUGCUGUGUUGCUAGGAACCUCCGUGAGGCUAUGGGUGCGGUUAUGGGGGUUGCGGAGGGGCCUCUCAGUGUUGAGUUUUCGCGGGCCCAGCUAUGGCUUGUUUUGCCCCCACGUGGGAUUCAGCCCGUCGUUUGGGAUGUUGUGGCUUUGGCUGCUCUGGCGGCACUGGAGAGAGGCCGCCAGUACUUGUAUCGUGAUUGGGAUUCACGUACACCUGUUUCCCCUGGUCGUCUGCGACACAUCGGCGCCGAGGUGGUUGUUGAUUUCUGGGCUAGGAUAUCCUCGUUCGCCAGUUUAGGUAUCAUCCCCCGGGGUUGGGCCUCGGUCCCGUCGGACCACCCGUUCCUUGCCCGUCAGGGUGGCCGUGUUGUGUUUUGUGGGCCGCCUGAUUCCGGUUCUCCCCCUAGUUCUCCAUGAUUGUGCCUCUGGUUGGACUCCUGGGGCCUAGUUUGGCUUAGCCUCGGUCUGCGGCCAUGUGUGUUUGGUGUUGGUGAUACAUGGUCUGACACUUGGUCAUCGGCUCCCUCCUCAGUGCGGGAUGUCCCCCUUCGGACAUGUUUCCUUCAGUUCAUUCGUGGGCCCUGUGGCUCUCUGUACUAAGUACUUCGGCUGUCCGUGCUUGGUGUCGGUGGUUUGCGGCCUUUCUGUCGGGCCUGGUGUGCCCCCUGGGGUAGGGCGGUCAACGCUCUGUUGGAAUGUACGUCU